UGCUGAAACAUUAAUCCUCUAAUCCUGGAAAUGUUCUUUAGGUGAUAGAAGGCCGACUUUGUAACUGUGUUUAUGUGUCUCUGAACAUUCAUAGACACAUAAUCCAUCACUCGGUGCUUCUCCUCACCUAUGGUAUGUAUUACUUUUCUCUCUCUCCAUCCUGCUUAUUGUGCAACAAGAUAAUCCUGGGGUGGGAGAAGAUAAUUGUUGUACCUUUCUAUUUUAGAUUUGCUUUACUAUUACAGUUAGACUUUUCUAAAAUUAAUCUUUUCAUGCAUCUUUGGGUAGAUGUUGCUUUUAAAUUUCCACUCUCUGUCUCUGGGGGACUAAAACGUUUUUUUCUUUUAAAAAAGUUCAAGCCUCUGGAGAACAUGAAUCUAUUUAUUAUAUCCUGAAUCAUCUGCCUUGUUUUGGCUAAGCUGAACCUUUUUUGUUUUUAAAUAAAUGAAGUUAAUGUAAAUUAAACAAAUUUCCUCUUAUGAAAAAUUUUGUUUUUUACAACAAGGCUGCAAUGUUCUCGGGCACCACCGGGUGGCGUAUCUCUCCAUAGAUUUAUUCUUGUUUCCUGUUUCUCAGGAAACUUAUGACUCAAUUUCAAGUAAAGUGAGAAAAAGACCCCACUUUCACUGUAAACACGGGAGGCAGAUGAAGUGUAGAACAUGUCCCAGCUGCUGUUGGUGCAUCACACAACCCAGAGACAUUCAGAAGAAAAAAAAUGCAAUGAAGAUGCUACACUUAAGUGUCCAGUUUUCAGUGGCAAUGACUUCUUUUCACUCACUUGGUACAAGGGUGAUAUUCCUAUUAUCAGGAGGCGCAAAGAUCAAACACAGCCCUCCAACUUCUCUCGGGAUGUCAGUUUUGGAGAGGACCUCAGUCUGUUUUUGCCGAAAGUGAAGCCUGAAGAUUCAGGAUCAUACAAAUGUGACAUUAGAGCAAAUGUUGGGCAGAGAAACCAAGAAGGCUACGUCGAUCUGAAGGUUGACGAUACAGAAUGUGUGACCCCGACUGAACCGACGGUGCUGAACUUAACCCAGACCAACCAGAACUGUCCAGUUGAAGAGUUCCCAUUUAUGUGGACUGCAACUGGCUACUUGACAGUGGCCUUCGUAAAGGUUCUUCUGUCUUUGAUCAGUAUUCAGACAAUUCGGGUCGUGUCUUCGAGACGUCAGAAGAACAUAUUGCGCGGCUAGCAGAAAAAUUCCCAUGGAAACGGCAAAGAAAAUAUCUGUAAAGAUGCAUUUUUUUCCUAUUUGUUAUUUUGCUUCUUUUUUAAAAAUACUAUUGUGGUUGUGUUUGUUCUAUUUUUUUCUGCUUCUUUAUUGUGAAAGUGUGUCACUGUGUGUAAUCAAGGUCAACAGGAACCGAAUGAGAAGUAUCAGAACAGAAACUAUGUUUCCAUUCAUACCUUAAUAACUUAAUCAAAUAUGUAUCCAAUGUAAAUAAAAUGUCCAUCAUAUAUUUCUGAUUUUUCACCUUUUAUACAUUUAAUAUUCUAGUCCAUGAAUCUUUGAAACACCAGAGUUUUCAUGCCUCUGAAAUCUUAAACCUGGAAGAAGUAUGGAUGUUAAAAAGAGUCAAAGUAUCUCUCAAAUUACUCUGCAGACUUGGAAAUUCAAGAAAGCUAUUGAAAUAAUCAAUGACUGGUCCAGAAAAAAUGUUUUCAUCCGCACAAAAAACAGAGAACAACCCAAAGUGCUAUUUUUACUCCCCCAGACCUGUGAGGGGCGCUACAAUUAAAACAAUAGCGCAGCCUAAGGCUAAACAUGGAGUAUGGGACCGUGAAGCUUCCAGGAGGUUAGCGGUAAACAACAAGAAAAGAAAAAUGUGGUAUGAUAAAUGACAAGUCAAAUAGUGCAGCACUCACAACUUUUCCAUUUUAUAAGCACCGAUUCUAGACCAGCAGCUUACCAAAAGUGCAGGAGCUCAGCUUGCGUUGCUAGGUGACGGGGUAGGCUAGGCUGGGGUUGCUAGGUAACAGCACAGUGCCCGUCGAAUUGUUUUAGCAGCUCAUUUUUCAAAGCGCAUUCAAAGAUCCAAGGAGUUUUGCUUGUUAGUGGUACGAAAUUCGGACUCAGGUCCCAGAUCAAGAAGGCCAAUAAAUGAAAAAUAGAUUAUUUUAUUAUUCAAAGAGACACAAAUGGAAGUACAAAAAUGUCUAAAUUGUGAAUUUUCCAUAAUAGGUAGCUGUUUAACUGCAAGUUGUUUCCUUUAAGCUCAAGAGAGAGGCCAAAAAGAUGUUUGAUCAAAGUUUAAAUCUAUUAUCAAAAGUUAAUUUUUUAUUCUUUUGUCUAGCUUAAAAGUAGUUGUAUAGUACUAACAGUUGGUUUGCCUUAUUUGUGUGUUUUUAUUUAAUUAAAACUAAAAGAAAAUAGGCUUUUGUAUGAUAAGCAAAAUGUGAUAAAUCUUAUUUUUCUUAAACACUCAGAAUCUUGUUGGUGCUUCAAUUUUUGAAACUGAUUAAACCUGACAUAUUUUCAGAAAAAGAAAACCCUUAAACCUUUCUAAAGAUAAAUCAGAGACCCUACAGGUAACAAAUCCCAUUAUUUCUUUAGAAAAUCCCUCUGAUUUAGAGGAAAUCGUGGUGCUCAGGUGAUGCAGUCACUGUUGCUGCUCAGAGCCUUGCGUGAGUAAAAGAAACCUGCCAUUGAGUCAGAGAGGAAAAGUUUUUAAGGUCACCGCUGUCAACACAGCUUCAACGGAGCUGAGUGAGAAAUGUGAUAAGAGCUCCACCUGGUGGCUAAUCCGUGCAUUUCUUCAACAUAACAAUUAACUUUGACGAUGUUUAGCUCCAGGGCUGGACAAAGAUUAUAUGGGGCCUUAAGUAGAAUUUGAAAUGGGGCCCCUUAUUCUGUUAUGAACAGAGUUAUGAACUAAGUUGUAUUUCUGAACAAACACAAGCAAAAGAGAAAAAAACCCUCUCAUAAUGUUUUUUUUUCUUUUUUUUUUUU